AUGACCUAUGGAGGGCCGGAUGCGUGGCACCAGGCCAUGUUUUUUCUGAGGCUUAUGUGGAAGCUGAGUCCUCUGCCACCAGAUUGGCAGAUCAAAUGGGACGCAAUGACAAAGGAUGACGCAGACGUGCGGAAAGAGGCCGCCAGACUUGAACAGCACGCGCCCAUCACUCAGACCUUUGAGUCCCGCCGCCGCGCUAUCAUCGCCUACUGCAACGAGAGCGAGUACUACGAGAAAGACGACUAUACUGAGGAUGAACUGGAGAGUCUGGCUUGCCUGCUCCCGGUCAUGCAAGAUCUCAUGCAAUACAAGCCCGAAGACAGAAUGUCAGCCGAACAAGCAAGAUUGCUAAUCCAGCAAAAGUGGUCGGACCGCCGGCUGUGGUUCGACAAGGAAGACGGGUCAGAGAAUGUGGAGAGCUGCAGUGGAAACCAGAGUCGCCACGGCAAUGGCUUCAAAAGAAGGGAAGACAAAAAGAACAUACAACACCAGGGAUUCGCUGGUCGUCACCGACCCAACUACUAG